AUGGUUGGAACUGCCCGCCCCAACCUACAUUACUGUCCUCGCAGACACAGCCUGAUGAUCACCGGUGCCAUGGGAGCGGUGCGAGUCAACAGAUACAGCAUCGUUUCCACAGAUGAAGAUGCCCUGAAGAUCUCCAGCCUGGGCCUCCACAAUGGCCACAGUCCCCUGACUCAGCAGACACUGUCAGGGGCCUGUAUGCGGGGUGAAGAAGGAGGAGGAGGAGAGUGUCCAGGAAGUGAUGAGGGAAGAGGGGCUUUGUCUUUGAGAGUGACAAAUGAGCCCAUCAUCCACAACAGCUGCCGGGCCUCACCCUCAUGCCGUCUGGGCCUGGAUAUGGGCACCGGUCGCCUGCGCAGUCGCUUUGUGAAGAAGAAUGGUCAGUGCAACGUGGUGUUCAACAACAUGGAGGAUAAGCCACGACGAUACUUGGCUGACAUUUUCACCACCUGUGUGGACAUACGCUGGCGCUACCUGCUGCUUAUUUUCACCACCACCUUCCUUCUGUCUUGGCUGCUCUUUGGCCUGAUCUUCUGGGGAGUGGCGCUCGCUCAUGGAGACUUUGAACUUCGCAUUCCUGUGAAGGAAGGAGAUCCUCAAAGUAACGUAGAGGAGGGAAAAGACGAAUGGCGGCCAUGUAUUCUCCACAUCCAGGGUUUCAUUGGGGCGUUCCUCUUCUCCAUUGAGACUCAGACCACCAUUGGAUAUGGUUUCCGGUGUGUCACUGAAGAAUGCCCAGUCGCUGUGGUGACUGUGGUUGUCCAGUCCAUCGUGGGCUGCAUUAUUGACUCCUUCAUGAUUGGCACCAUCAUGGCAAAGAUGGUGCGUCCGAAGAAGCGGGCACAGACCUUGCUGUUCUCGCACAAUGCUGUCAUCGCUCUGCGAGAUGGUAAGCUGUGCCUCAUGUGGCGCCUAGGAAACAUGCGCAAGAGCCACAUUGUGGAAGCCCAUGUGCGAGCUCAGCUCAUUAAGCCACAUGUGACGGCAGAGGGUGAGUACCUCCCUUUGGAGCAAACAGACAUUGAUGUUGGCUAUGACGACGGGUUGGAUCGGCUGUUUCUGGUGUCACCGCUUGUGGUGGUCCACGAGAUCAACAAGAACAGUCCUCUGUAUAACCUGAGCCGCGCAGACCUGCAGAAGGAGGACUUUGAGAUUGUGGUCAUCCUGGAGGGGAUGGUGGAAGCCACAGCUAUGACCACUCAGGCCCGUAGCUCCUACUUGGCCAAAGAGAUCAUGUGGGGUCACCGCUUUGAGCCUGUGGUCUUUGAGAAGAGCGACCGCUACCAUGUGGACUAUUCCCGCUUCCAUAAGACCUACGAAGUGCCGUCUACACCUCAGUGCAGUGCCAGGGAACUGAGCCAGAUGAUGGGUCAUGCCGGGCAGUCCUCAUCCUCCAGUUCGAGUUACUCCUGCUCUCCAUCACCGUUUGCUCCGAGGGCAGCCCGCCACCUACUGGGCCCUCACUCCCCCAGUGCUUUCUGCUACGAGAAUGAGGUAGCUUUGUGCUGCGGGGAUGACGAGGAUGAGGAGGAUGUGAAAGAGGAGGCGGGGAGCCUGAAUGUAAGAAGUGACAGAGAGGUAAAUAUGAGAGAUGACAUUCACUUGGGUUUCAAAGAGACAUUUGUGGAGGAGCAGACGGUGGAGAUGCUAUGUGUUCUGGACUCAGAGAAUCAGAUCAGCCUUGACAGACUACAGCCCACCCUACCUUUAUACAUCAGCAGAGAGUCAGGAGUAUAA